GCCUCGUAACGUCAAGUGUGCAAACUGUCGUGAAAGCACAUCGACUGAGAAAGCAGUGUGCAGGACGCUAAUAAGUCGGUCUUAUUAUUUAUUAUCCAGUUUGAAAUAAUUACGUCGUAUAACAUACAUCUCUGAUUCUUUGUUUAAGGAUGAAAUCGUCUCGAUGCGCUCGAAGCACUGUGCCGCUUCUCGUGCUAUCUUUGCUUGUUAGUUAGCUUAGCUCGCUAGUUAGCUUAGCUUGUUAGCUGCUAACAAAGAAACGCGGACGUUAUCAACACAUCGCUAAGUAGAGGUGACGUGUGAGAGUAAAGUGUUGUAAUUGUGUGAAAAUGUCUACAUUACAAAUGUUGAGGGCGUUGGUGGAUCAGCGACUAACUGCUGCCGUUGAAGAAAUAUUUGCAGUGUUAGAAAGAACGAUAGCAGAAUACGAGGCGGAACUUUCUAGGACAAAAGAGGAGAACAAUCGACUACUGAACGCUGUUUUCAAGAAACAUGAAGUUGUGUUACACAGAACAGAUAAGACCUUCUGGACGAAAGUUCUGUGCUCAGAUGAAACAAAAAUGGAGCUGUUUGGACACAAUACCCAGCAACAUGUUUGGAGAAGAAAAGACCUUGAGGAAGAACAUCAUCUCCGGGAGCAGGAGGAGGAACCACAGCCCCUCCACAUUAAAAAGGAAGAAGAGAUACCACAGCUCCAACACAUUAAAGAUCCACAGUCUCCCCAUAUUAAAGACGAAGCAACAGAACACAGCAUUAGUCAGGAGGGAGAGCAUAUUGAAGGACUGCUGGAGUUCCCAGUGACUGGUAUCCCUGUGAAGAGUGAAGAUGAUGAGGUCAAAGGUGAAAGUGAGGAGAAGAGAGAGGCGGAGCCUCCAAGCAGCAGCUCAACACAACACAUGACAACAGAAGCUGAUAAAGACCACUGUGGAGGAUCACAAGCAGACAAGCUCUUAGCUCCUCUAUCAGAUAGUGAGGACACAACGUCACACUCUCCUGACACUGAUGAUGAAGACUCUAAAGAUGAUAAGACAUGUCACACUGACAAAACUCACUUAACAUGUUCUCACUGUGACAAAACCUUUAAAUACCAUUAUCUUCUGAAAACACACUUGAGAAGACACACUGGAGAAAAACCUUUUUGUUGUUCAACCUGUGGCUUAUCUUUUACAAGGAAGGAAAAUAUGAAAGAGCACACAAGAACUCACACAGGAAAAAAAACUUUUUCGUGUUCUCUGUGUAAUUCAAGUUUUUUCCGAGGUCACCAUUUGAAAACCCACAUGAGAAUACACACUGGGGAAAAACCUUUUUCUUGUUCAAUUUGUGGCUUAUCUUUUACAAGGAAGGGAAAUAUGAAAGAGCACACAAGAACACACACUGGAGAAAAACCUUUUUCUUGUUCAAUCUGUGACUUAUCUUUUGCAAGGAAGCAAACUAUGAAAGUUCACACAAGAUUACACAAAGGGGAAAAACCUUUCUCGUGUUCUGUGUGUGAUUCAAGGUAUGUACGAAGUCAAGAUUUGAAAAAACACCUGAAAAGACACACUGGGGAAGACGUUUUUAAAUGUUCUGUGUGUAAUUCUAAUUUUGUCCAAGGUGAACGUUUGAAAAUCCACAUGAAAACACACACUGGAGAAAAACCUUUUUCUUGUUCAGUCUGUGGCUUAUCUUUUUCAAGGAAAGCCGGUUUGAAAGAUCACACAAGAACACACACUGGAGAAAAACCUUUUUCCUGUUCAGUUUGUGAUUCAAGUUUUACACGAAGUCGAAAUUUGAAAAGACACAUGAGAACACACACUGGAGAAAAAGUGUUGAGUUGCAGUGUGUGUGAUGAAAGAUUCUCUCAUGAAUACCAACUUAACAAACACAAGUGUGCUGGUGAGACCAGCAGCAGUAAAAUAGAAAAGCGCUCCACAGACCUCCAACAGGACAAAUCUCCCAGUAGUAACUAUCCUUCAAAAGAAGGCUGAAUCCAAAUGAUGAUCAGGAUCAACAUCAAAAUCGAAUCACUUGUUCGUUAUCCCAUUUCUGACAUGUCCUGAAAGUUUAAGUAGCAUCUGACUAUACUUGUUGUUGUUAUGAUUUCAACUAAAUGACAAUCAAACAAACCCCAAAUCACUUGUUUAGGUAUUUUUCAAUGACUUCAAUAGCAAACAUAAAUAGGUUUUAGUUACACAUCCUGGAAAACAACAUCCAACAAUAGUUUACAUUUAUUACUCAUUCUUACUCAUAUUUUAGUUGUGUACUAACACACCAAUCUGUACUUCUGCUAAUAUUUGAGAAGUGAUGAUGAUUGGGUUCAGUGUGCCCCUUCACAGGCUUGCUGUCUCCAAAACAAGUCUCCAGCAUGGUGGUGCCAGCAGUCCUACUACUUGUACUUGUACACUAUACUAUGUAAUUAUGCACACCUUUGUAAGAUAGACAUUUUUUUUGUAUAAGCAAUUUGAAACCAGCGCUGUAUCCUUUGCAUGUGACCUUGUAGAAUAAAAUGUCUGUUUUUUAUGAACAA